CUCUUAUCCCGCCCCCUCCUCAGCUUCUGUCCUCUGCUCCUCAAACUGCUGAUGUGUUACUAACUUAAACUUCCACUGCUGCAAACAUGUUCAAUUUUACAUCAAAGCUUUCGCUGCUUUUCCUCCUGGCCUUCCCUUGCGGUUUGAUAUCAGUUGGCCACGUGUACGCCGACUCAGACUCUGCUGAGGACAUUGUUGAGGACUCGGAUGCCGCUGUAGAUGAAGAGGAAGAUGAUGAAGAAGUACUUGUUGAAGAGGAUCAGAUGCAAAGCUCGGAAGGAGACGAAGAUGAAUCUGAUGAAGCAGCUGAUAAGCUGUUAGCUUCUCACCCUGAUGCUGAUACAACCAUCAUCUUCACAACAGGAGAAGAGUUUCCUGCCAAUGAAAUUGUGAGAUUCCUGGUGGGUUUCUCCAACAAGGGAAGUCAAGAUUUCACUGUUCAGUCAUUGGAGGCCUCCUUCCGUUAUCCCCAAGAUUUCCAGUUCUACAUCCAGAAUUUCACAGCUUUGCCCCUGAACACUGUAGUCCAGCCACAAGCUCAGGCUUCCUUUGAGUACUCCUUCAUCCCAGCACAGCCGAUGGCCGGUCGUCCGUUUGGUCUCGUAAUCCUGCUCAACUAUCAUGACACUGAGGGCAACAUAUUCCAGACUGCAGUUUACAACCAGACCGUCACCAUCACUGAACGAGAAGAGGGACUGGAUGGAGAAACAAUGUUCAUGUACGUAUUCCUGGUGGGACUGGUGUCCCUGCUGCUCUUCGGGAUGUACCAGGUCCUGGACUCGAGAACGAAAAAGAGGAUUCCCGUGAAAAUAGAAAAGGGCACCACUGGAAUAAAUGAUGUGGACAUCAGCUGGAUUCCUCAGGAGACUCUCAAUGUCAUGAACAAGGCUUCCCCUAAAGCAUCUCCCCGAAAACGAACCAAGAGAGCAGCUGGGACAGACCAGUGAACACGCUGGCUUCCAUUCAUCAUUAUUAUCUCAGUCAAGUUUUCAGAACACCUUGCUACAAUUUACAAAGAAUCAGCAUAACUGGAGUUCAGUUUUGGCAAGCCAUCAGACUGAUGGCUUGUGAUACCAUCAGUCUGAUGGUAUCACAAGCCGAGAGCAUCCCAGACUCCUCUGCUCGUUCAAACACUAAGAGGACUGAACUGUGGUUCAUUUUUAAGGGACUUUUGUGUGUGUGUGUGUGUGUGUGUGUGUGUGUGUGUGUGUGUGUGUGUGUGUGUGUGUGUGUGUGUGUGUGUGUGUGUGAGAGAGAGAUGGAAAAAUAAGCCAAUCAGUAAUUAAAAGGGAUGACAUGAACUGUUCUCAAAGAAGGCUCUAUUUGAGUUUACUGCCACCUCUUUUUCUUUUUUACUUGUUUUCUGGAUUAUUAACAUACAUUUUAUGACUUCAAUUCAUUCAUGUUUUAUUUGUAUAAUGAGAUAAUCCCAGCCUUCUCUAUCACUGUUGUGCCUUAUCUGGUCCUCUGCAAAAAAAAAAAAAAAAAUGAUGCUGUUGACUUUAAAAAUUACCACAUAUAGCCCUCUGUUUUAACACUCAGUAACAUUUUUUAGGAGAAUUUUCUUUUUGGAGUGGUACAGUGGCAGCUGCAAGUACAACAAACAUCAAAACCGUAUUCCCAGUGUGUCUGCAGGUCAAUUUUUCCGCCUUACUGCUCAGCGGAGCAUUUCAGACUCUUCAGUGAGUGUUAUUGAUGCAGUUUUUCAGGUUGUAUGCCAAUAUUUGUGAUGCAACUCCUGAAAAACAAUAAAAGGUUAAAAGGC